AAUAUUUGUCACACAACAUUUUAGUUUUGUCAAACUGUGUUUGUUCAAUUGAAAAAAAUUGUUUAAAAAAUGCAAGACUUUCUGAAAGACUUUGAAAUAUUCUCUCAGAGUUGGUGGCCCUACAUCAUAACUUUAUUUGUAACCAUAAUAAGUGCCAUACGAAUUUAUAUAGGAGGCACAUACUGCGAUAGUUCACAUCAAAUAGUUGGUAAGAAUGUAAUUAUUACUGGAGGAGCAAGCGGUAUAGGCUUUGAAACUGCAAAAGAAUUAGCAAAAAGAGGCGGCAAUAUAAUUUUGGCAGUUCGAAAUGCAGAAAAAGGUAGAAGGGCUAUAGAACGAAUCAAAAUGUUAACACCAAAAGCCAAUGUAGUAAUAAAACUAUUGGAUGUAUCAGAAUUUUCAAGCAUAAGAGAUUUUGCAGAUCAAAUUAUAAAAGAAUACAACAGAAUUGAUGUACUAAUUAAUAAUGCUGGGAUUAUUUUUCAUCCAUAUAAAAAAACUUCAGAUGGCAAUGAAUUGACUUUUGUUACCAAUUAUUUGGGGCCUUUCUUACUGACACAUCUUCUAUUGUCAGUUCUAAACAACUCUGAUAAUGGUAGGGUAAUUAAUGUUUCUGCUCUUGCACAUUUUAAUGGCAAACUUAAAUUGGAUGACUUUAACUCUGAAAAGAACUUCAAUGAAAAAGAAGCUUUUUCUCAAAGUAAACUGGCCCUUACUAUGUUUACAAAAUACAUGGCACAGCUAUAUAAAAGUACCAAAAUAACAUUUAACGCAGUUGAUCCAGGCUUGGUAAGAGGCACAGGACAUAUAGAGAAGUACUCCACACUGGGACGUUCCCUCAUAACUAAAAUAUCUGUGUUGCCUUGGGUUUGGUUAUUUCUGAAAACACCCAAACAAGGAUGUCAAUCUAUUGUUUAUCUUGCUGUAGAUCCAACACUCAAUAACGUUUCAGGGUAUUAUUUCAGCAAUUGCGAAAUUAGGGAACCUUCCGAAAUUGUGAAGGAUGUGAAUUUGUCUAAACUUCUCUACGAUAAAUCUUGUAGAAUUGUAAAUAUCGAUAAAGACAAAUUCCUUAUAAAUAGGGAAAUUUCUGAUGCUCCUGUAAAUAAUUUUGAGAAUUGA